AUGUCUUCAAUCAUAAAAAGCCAUCAAUCUACUUUCACUGAACAGUAUUCACUGUUAUCAUCUCUUCUUCAGCAUUUCUUAACCCUGAUUCAGUUAUCCAACAGUGAUGUUUUAAAUACAAUUAAGAAGAAUAAGGAUUUUCUAUAUGUUCUUGAGAGCUUGUGCCUCUCAAAAAAUAACAAUAUUUGUUUUCUUUCAAUCAAUACUUUAGUACAAUUAUGCCACCUUGAACAAGAAGAAACUAAUAUGAAACAUAAACUUCUAUAUUCGAUAACGUUAAAAUGUGAAUAUGUUUUAAACGCCAUGACCAGGCUAUGUCAAAACUGCAUAAUAUCAUCUAUUACAUUAUUUAAAAUUAUUUUACAAUACUUCGAAGAAGGCAUUUGUAAAUCGGUUGAGUUUAAUGAAGCACCAACUGCCGAUUUUUUAAGAUCUAUUUUUAUGCAAUUAGAAACCAUUAUAUCUCAAGGAUUGGAUUGUGUGUCAAACCAUGCCUGGGAAUGCAUGACUAUAAUAUUGUCAUCAAAACUUUUGAAACAUUUCCAGGAAUUAUCAUAUCUAAAAAUUGAGUUUGCCACCGAUCCUUGGCUUAAUUUUAUACUUGUAAAUUCAAAAUCCUUUGAUGAAAGAUGCUUAGAAUUUUUAAAUGUUUGGUUUACACAUUUUGUAUUAAAUGACGAAGAAAGUUUCACAAUACGUGGAUUAAAAGUGUUAUGUCCAAGUCUCUUUAAUAAUACUGUAGUUCAUAUUUCAGUAACAAUAGUCAACCAAGUUUAUGAAAGAAAUAUUGAAAAACAAAUUCUUGUUACCAAAUGGACUAGAAUGUAA